GAAAAUCUUGUGGCAGAGAUGGAUACCAUUGUGCAACGAUACUCACAACCCAGAUUUUAUGACGACCCUGAGCUUCACGCCAGCUUUGCAUGGGCUGUAGGUGGCGAUAUCCUUAACAAGGAAGUUGUAGACGCAAUGCCUGAGCUUGAAGGCGAGCUUGGGCAAGACCUGCGACACUGCUCUAUUACAGUGCGUCGCGUUGCCUGGAAGUUGGGCCAAAAAGUUGGCUUUGUCGCAUUACAGUAAAAUAAAAUAAAAAAAGUGGCACGAGCGACGCGUUGUGGCAGUCACGUCUACGUAAUUUUGGACUUGCGCUUUUAGAAUAAGGCCUCCCUCAGUCUUUCUUCUUUUUUGUCCUCCUACCAACCUACCAAUUCUUAUCACUCACUAAAACUACACUCACUACAAUGCUUGUCCGAGUGCGAAGUAAAGAGGGCACUCAUCGCAUUGAGGUGAAUCCAACUGACGAUAUCACAGUCCUUAAGGAUAAGAUCGCACAAGCACUUAGCAUCAUAGAUCCAUCAACGAUCACCGUUAGCGACCAACCCAAUGCAGGAGCCACACAAAUGGAUAGCCUUUCUGGAAAGUCUUUGGCUGAGCUGAAUAUCAAGCAUGGCGAUCUUCUCUAUAUUGGGUUUGCAGAAGCUGCGGUGCAAGCUGACAAUAAAGCACCAUCGGCAAUAGUCGUGCAGGAUGCUGUUGAUGAUUAUUUAGAUACACAGGAUGGCCUUAUCAAAAGAGGAAAAGAUCCUAAAUUCUGCAAGCAUGCUGCGAAUGGAAUGUGCGACUAUUGCAUGCCUCUCGAGCCAUAUGAUCCAGCAUAUUUGGAGGAGCAUAAGAUCAAGAGCAUGUCGUUUCAUUCGUAUUUGCGAAAGCUGGGUGCACAUGAUAAGAAGCAAGGAACGUCCUACAUCACCUUGCCUUCACUUGAGGAACCAUCAUACAAAGUUAAAACCAACUGCAGUUCUGGACAUCCACCAUGGCCUGCCAGCAUCUGUACUAAAUGUCAACCCAGUGCUAUCACUUUACAGCGCCAGCCAUUCCGACUGGUUGAUCACGUGGAGUUCUCCAACGCAUCCAUUAUUGACAACUUUAUUGGUUAUUGGCGUUCCACUGGACUUCAGCGUUUUGGUUACAUGUAUGGAAGAUAUGAGCCUUAUCCAGAAGUGCCUCUUGGUAUCAAAGCUGUGGUAGAAGCCAUUUACGAGCCUCCCCAGGAAGGCGACAGCGAAGGCUUAAGGGUUGAGGACCCAAUCGAAGGCGAAAAAAGAGCAGGUGAGAUGGCGACAGCAUGUGGACUCCAGCGCGUGGGCAUGAUCUAUACUGACUUGACUGAUGAUGGCACCGGGAAAGGGACAGUUCUUUGUAAGCGGCAUAUUGAUUCGUACUUUUUCUCAUCGCAAGAGUGUCAAUUUGCGGCAGUGAUGCAGAAAAAAUACCCCAAUGCGACAAAAUACUCCUCCACAGGAACGUUUGGCUCCAAAUUCGUGACAUGUGUCAUUGGAGGCAACGAGGAAGGCAACAUUGAUGUGUCAUCAUAUCAAGUUUCCAACACAUGUGUGGGUAUGGUGGAUGCGGACAUUGUCGAGCCUAGUGUAGAGCCAGGAAUUAUGCGAGUCAAGGAGCCCACGUCGGAACGAUACAUUCCAGAUGUGUUUUUUAAAUACAAGAACGAGUAUAAUUUGGUUGUUCAGAAGGAUGCAAAGCCCUCUUUCCCCGUUGAAUACCUUUUGGUUAACGUAACACAUGGUUUCCCUGUUAAAUCUUCGCCAAUGUUUACCUCACCAAAGGAUUUCCCUAUCGAGAAUAGAGUUGGGGUAUUUACACAGGAUGCCGGUGCAUUGCAUCGCUACCUUCAAUCUGGAAACCUGGUUGAUCUUGCAUCCAACUUUCACUUUUUACUUUUUACUCGCAGCAUGGGUAUUUUAAAUGAUGCUGAUGAAAUGAAUCUUUUGGUACGUGUUGCACUUUUACAUAAAGAAGAAGAUGCAAACAAGUUAGUCCAGACGGGUGGGUGGCAGACACUAUUGACAAUCCUGAAGGAGUCUGCCGGACCGUCCAGAGCAAAUCAAGGCGAGUCUUCUUCAAGUGGAGGCGCUGGUAGUUCAUUGGGCACAUCAGCAGCAGCGCCUUGGACAUGUCGUCAUUGCACAUUCCUUAACACCCACGGUGACGAGAACUGCGAGAUGUGUGGACUUCCAAUGGGAUAAAUGUGGAAGAAGUUAUGGAACGCACUUUAACAAUUUCUUUCCACGGAACUUUGCUCAACAUGUUGUUGAAUCUCAUUGACUACUAUUAUUGUAAAAGAAAAAGAAAAAAAGAAAUAAAAAGUGAUAC